AUGGCGAGCAAGGAGCGAGGGAAAACGGCGUUAGAGUUAGCACCUAUGAGAGUGGAAUCACCGUCAGGGUUUUCGGUGAAGAGAUCUGUGAAGAGUUUUUUGGAGAAGAGGAAGAAAAGAAGUAAAUCUUUUGCAGCUUACACUUACACCUCCACUUCUUCCUCCUCUUCGCAUAAUUUCUAA